GCGGCGGCCGUUGAGAAGCAGCCGCUGGCGGGUCGAGCGACGUCCGUUGCGGGCGGGGCGUCGCUCGCGCGGCAGGCAGGCAGGCAACCGAAGGGGCGGCGGCCGCCACAGCCUCAGCCCCCUGCCAGUGGGGCCCGCUCCUCCCCUCCUCCCGCGACGCCUCUCCUCCCGCCAGCCCCCUCAGAAGCGCGGCCGCCUCCUGCUGCGGCGGCGGCGGCCCGCUCCCCUCCUCGCUCUCGAACCCUGCCGCCGGCCUCGGCGGCCGCCAUUCCACCUCCGAGCGCGGCCCCUCCGCCCGCGCUCGAAUUCGGGCCGGGGGGGGGGAAAUCUCCUUCCCGGCCAGCCCCCCUUCCCGGGGGCUUCACCCCUCCCCCUCAGCGCCCCGCCCGGGGAUGGAGGACCCGCUGCUCGCGGCGGCGGCGGCGCCCAUCAACCCCAACAACUUCCCGGCCAAGCUGUGGCGCCUGGUCAACAGCCCGCGCUUCCGCUCCAUCCGCUGGGACGCCCGCGGCGAGGGCCUGCUCAUCGACCAGCCGCUCUUCGAGGCCGAGCUGCUGGGCGCCGGCGGAGGGGGCGCCGGCGGAGGGGCCGGGCCUGGUGGCGGCGGCGGCGGAGGGGCCUCUUCGGCGGGGGGGACUCCGCUGCUGCAGCCGCCGCCACUGCCUCCCGGCUCGGCCCCGUCCCCGCCGGCCUCCUCCCCCUGCGCCUCGGCCUCGCCGGAGCUCUUCAAGACCACCAACUUCACCAGCUUCAUCCGCCAGCUCAACCUCUACGGCUUCCGCAAGGUGGUGCUGGGGCCUCCGGGUGGGGCGGGGGGCGGGGCUCCGGCAGGCCCCGCCUCCUCGUCGUCCCACUCCGCCGUGGGUGCUGCUGCUGGGGCUGGCUCCGCACCAGCCUCAGCUGCCACUGCCGCCCCGGGAGGCCCCCUGCAUCACUUCCACAGCCCGCACUUCCGCCGCGACCGGCCCGACCUGCUGGUGCACCUCAAGCGCCUCACCAGUGCCAACAAAGCCAAGCUGGCCGCCGGGCUGGAGGUCACCAGCCGGCCGCCCAACCGCUUCCAGCGCCUGCUCAGCACCUCACUGCACAGUGGGGAGGCCCUGCUGGCCCACCACCACUCGCUGCAGCCACACCACCACCACCAGAGCCCCCAGCAAGGCCCACCGGGACAGGCCACCUCCGCCAAGAGCAGUGACAGCAAACCCGCUUCGCUGACUUUAGGACAGUUUCACCGGUCUUUUCGGCGAGACAGUUUAUCUCCGUACUCCUACCUGUCAUCUUCGCCUCACGGCCAAAGCGCAUUCCCGCUGAAAGGGCCGGACCGGACUCCUCUUCCUCCCAGAACGUGGCAAAAUUCCUUGGGUAUGCUCCCUGGGCAGGUGGAGACGCCGACGUUUUCAGACAAAGGGGUCCCAUUCCCCAUGCUCCAGAGAUUCCCGACGGAGGUGACUUAUACCUUGCAGCCCAGCGCAACCUCUGUGCACAUUCAGCAAGGCCCGCAGACGAUGGCCACGUCCUCCCAGAAAUACAGCAGUUAUGCCACUUCGGCACCGUAUUCUCAAGCUUACUACCCGACAGCUGUCUUACAGUGCUGCUCCCCUCCCACCCAUAUGGAUCCGCUCAGUGGUUGCGCUAGUCCUACAGCUUCGACCUAUACCCACUGCAGCUAUUUUCAGAAUCCACCGAUGCAGUCUUCGUACCCCGUUGAAUUUUUGCCUUCCAACUGGUCCUGCAGUGCCUCCAACGAAAGCAAGAAGACCGAAGUCAACUUGGAGGCGGUCUUCCAGAUCGUCGAUGAGAUGCAUGCCUCCCCCAAGCUGGAAAUGGUCAAGGUGGAGCCGGUGGAGAGCCAGUGUCCCACUUCGCAGCCCAAUCGGGGCUCACAGCUCCUCGUGAGCCCAGGGAGCAGUGAGGCCCCUUCCUCAGGCCAGACCAGCCACCUUGAACCCCUGACCCCCGUUGGCUCCGAUAUCACGUCCUUCGUGGUGGAGUCAGAUCAAGCCAUCGCAUGCUCCCUGCCCCAGUCCCCGGAGUUUAUUUACACCAUCCACACCUCCGAGCCUGUGGAGAACACCGCAGCCCAAAUGGUGCAGCAGCCCGCGGCCACGCAGCAAACGCAGGCAAAGCUGAAAGAGAACCAGCCAUCGCCACAAGAGUCCAUGGUGUUUGUGCAGGAGGAGCUUCCGUUCACUCAGCAGCAGGAGGAUCCCAACAUCAAGUGUCAGACAAACCCACGUGAGACGGUUGUGCCUUCGGAGCAGAUUGGAUUCCUCAUUUCGGAGGUGGGUCCUCUCAGCAAAUAUGCCAAAGAUUCAGUUUCAUCCAUCCAAAGCAAAUGCAGCAAACGAAGGAGCGGUUCCCAGAAGGGCAAGUCUCCUGGUGGAGAACGUGGUCUCUUCUCACGGAACAAGAACGCACAAAACCUUCCAGAAGCCUUCCCAAAUGCAGGCUGUUUCUCGCUUUGGCCAGGAACGUCUGCACCGUGUUGUUAGCACCAGCAAGCGAUGCCCUAGCAGGAUGGUUCAGGAUACAUUUGGGGACCAUGUGUAAUAAGACUUAACAUGUUAAAACCCACAGCAAGAGAUCACAAGACCUAAAUGGGCCAUUAAUUCUAGGAAAGACCUUGGAAGAGAUGAGAUCCAUUUUUCUUCUUCUUGCAUCUAUCUCAGUGACAAAUACUGACCCAUGUAUAAGAAUAGCUGCUGGAUUAUUAUUAUUAUUAUUAUUAUUAUUAUUAUUUUGUUAAUAGAGCAUUCUUGUGUUUUUAAGCAUUUCCUCUUUCUAGAGGCACUUUCUAACCAGUUGUUAAGGCACCUGUUGUUUUUACUGUCUAGCUUAGCUUUAAUAUGUCUCCACAAGCUAUUUUAACUUGUUCAUCUGAAAAUUUAUUUAUUGUCAGUAGAUUUUAAGGAGGCAUUGUGUUUGUGUGCAGAUUUAUUUAUGUUGUGUUGUGUGUGCGUGUGCGUGUGUGCAUGCGCAUGCACACACGUGUGUUUUAUACACACAUGGCACUAGACUAUAAGUGAACGAUAGAGCAUGGAGAAAAUACUCUACAAAGAGUCCGUUUUCUUCAACUGUGAAAAAUACAUACAAAGAUACAGUCCGAAAAAGCAGAGAGGACAGACAGAUCUGUUUUCCCACUCGUCCGUCUCCAGCUUACAGCUUUGCUAAAUUCAUGAUGGCUGUUUUCACAACCCUAAACCUUGCCGGAGGAGUGCCUAGCCCCUAGAUCGGCAGUUGUACGUUUGCAAAGAUGAUGGAGGGGGAGGGUGGUCGUGUCGGAGUUAGACAUGGUAAGCCCACAUUCUCCCCAGCAUUUUCUCGCGGGUGGAUGAAAAGCCAUCCUACCUAGAUUCCAGCUCUCAGACAGUCACUCUUCCCUCCUCCCCCCUUGAUCUUUGCAAACACACAGCCACCAGUCAGAAGUGCAGAUGACUCACCUACCUUUGCUGGGCGCUCCUCUGACCCUGAUUGUGAGAAUGAGCCCCUUAUCUUUGAGUCGAGCUAUGAAUGGUAGGAUGAACCAACGUCAGAUGUAGGAAGCCUUCCAGAGCCUCAUGUCAGGUGGAGAUCUCAGGACACGAAUACUGCAUCAUUUCCUUCAGACUUGCCAGUAUAUCGAUGACCCAAUAUUCAUUACUCUGAAUAUUUUGGGAUGACCCUCAAUCAGUCGCAUGAGAGCCUGUUGGCCCACCCAGAAAUUUCACAUCAUGAGUGCCUUUGACCCCCGACUGAUACUGGUUCAUAUUAACUGAAAUGGAAAUGAAGCCUAUUCUUUGCCAUGCCUUCAUAGGAAUCUCCCAAAAUCUCUGACUGUCGUCUUUCCCCCCUCCUUUUUUAUUUUUUGAAGGAUCAGUCAAGAACUUUAGCAUGGCCCUGUGUUUUUGAAUCAGGAAAUGGCCACACGUAUCACCUUUCCACCUGUUUAGAAACUAAUCUGGGGAAAGUAAGCCAGGGAGCUGGAUCUCCUGCCAUGUUUCUCGGCAGAAUUGUGUGCUUUCAGCAAGGAUAGUAAAGUUAGAUAGUAAAAGGAAGAUAGUUUAAAAAAAAAAAAAGAUACUGGGAUAGCAACCAAGGAAGGACUUUCACACUAGCUAGAGAAAUCUGUACAGUAUUGCAUUCAACCAGUACAACUCUCGGGAACUCUCAGGAACAACCUUCUCAGUGUUUCUAUCAUUUUAACCCAAAAGGAUGUAGUCAAUAAACAAUAAAGUGACUGCGCCAAUCAA